AUGGCCUCCGGCUUGGUGCAGGACAUGAAGCCGCGAAGCUUGCAAGACGCCAGAGAUGACAUGGAGAGCUGUGCCCUGUCUUUGGGGGGCAGUGCUGCCUCGCGGCACAAGGAGCUCCUGAGCCUCAUGAAGCUCGAUCAGGCGAGCCGCUUCCCCCAGGUUUCUGCCCGGAGUGCCUCGCCAGUGCCGCGGGUGCCGUGCGGGGCCCGGGCAGCUUAA